CGCGCCGUAGAAACAGGAAGUGGGACCAAAACAAAGGAGCGGCGGCCGGGAGCGGACCUGCCUCUUUUUCCUUCUUCCGCGCUCAUAUUGGCCCUGGCCACAGACCCCUAGGAACCGUCCGACUAUGUCCAACAUGGAGAAACACCUGUUCAACCUAAAGUUCGCCGCCAAAGAACUCAGCAGGAGUGCCAAAAAAUGCGACAAGGAGGAAAAGGCCGAAAAGGCCAAGAUUAAAAAGGCCAUUCAGAAGGGCAACAUGGAAGUGGCGAGGAUACACGCCGAAAAUGCCAUUCGCCAGAAGAACCAAGCGGUGAAUUUCUUGAGAAUGAGUGCGCGGGUCGAUGCGGUAGCUGCCAGAGUCCAGACGGCGGUGACGAUGGGCAAGGUGACCAAGUCGAUGGCCGGUGUGGUUAAGUCGAUGGAUGCGACGUUGAAGACUAUGAAUCUGGAGAAGAUCUCUGCUUUGAUGGACAAAUUUGAGCACCAGUUUGAGACGCUGGACGUCCAGACGCAGCAAAUGGAAGACACGAUGAGCAGUACGACUACGCUGACCACUCCCCAGAACCAAGUGGAUAUGCUGCUCCAGGAAAUGGCAGACGAGGCCGGCCUAGACCUCAACAUGGAGCUGCCGCAGGGGCAGACCGGCUCUGUGGGCACGAGCGUGGCCUCCGCCGAGCAGGAUGAACUGUCCCAGAGACUGGCCCGCCUGCGGGAUCAGGUGUGACGACAGAACCCACUCUGAGGUUUCCUGGCCGUAGCCACCUUCUGAAAUGCUCUGUAUAUUAAUGAGAUACUAUACACUAGAAACUCUGAACAUGCCAGAAUGCUGAAAUGCUCUCUACUUAAGAUGCUUCUACCUUUGGGUUUACAGUGCUCUCCAGAUACACUAAGAAAUUCCAGGCUCCCUCCAUCUUAACUGGAUUUUAAAGUUCCGUAUAGCUUGUGAUGAUGUGUAUUUUUAUAGCUGCCUUUUAACAGAACUAGUUAAUUUGGUGUGUAUGAAUCUUUCUCAAAAAUUUGGUCCAAACACUUGUUCGGUGUAUUCAGUUUUCUGCCUGAAUUUUCAAAAUUGGGGAUCUUUUUUUAAAUUUAGUGUAAUUGGUAAUAUCUAGAAUUGACAGGUGGUGCAGAAAAAUUAAGAGGAGAAGGAUUACUUAGAUUGAUUACAGGGCUAUCAACACCUCAUUCAACUUAAUGGACCGUGCUAUUUCCGUGGGGUUUGGGGGGUCUUUUGUUUUGUUUUGUUUUGUUUUUUUGCCAUCGCCUCCAGACUUCUGUUGAUCUGUUCACAUAAUUUAUACUGAAAUUAUGGUGGGACAUUGUGCAUAAUAUUUUCUUACUGUUUAUGUUCUAUAAAUUUUUCAUGUGGUAGUUACGUUUUUACAACUGGAAAAAGGCCACAUAAUUUCAUUUAUUAUAAGGAAAAAUUGUUUGCUCAUUUAUAUUUUUAUUUACUAAAGACUUUGUCAAAAGACAAGGUUUAACGUGACAGUUUCAAAUGAAUGUCUUGAACACACUUCUAGUUAUUUUCCUAUCUCAACACUUUAAUUAGCCUUGUUAUAAAGUAUGUUAAUUAGCAUGGCAGUCAUAUUACUCUAACAUUGCCAAAGAACUGUUGAUUGGUUUAAGAGAACUCCGGGGUGGUGUGUUUGUAGGUUUUCUUUUGAUUUUAAUAACCAAAAAUAGACAUCAAAUUAGAACUGCAUUUUAGGUUCUAAUUACUUGCAUUUAUUAUUUUCUUUUAGAGGAACAACUUGUUGAAAAGCCUUGGAAGUAAGUGGAAUGUUUUAUUUAGCCAUGCAAAUAACUUAAGUAUAUGUGCAGCCAGCUGGAAGUCUGGGAAGGAGGAAAGAUGGAGAAUUUGACAGUAGACUUGACCCUCUAAGGCUAGAGCCCAUCUGUGCUGCCUUUCAUCUUUCUAGAACAGCAGUGUGUGUUUUCUGGCUGCAAAGUAAAGCAUGUAACCACCACUUUCUCAUAGCCUCUGAACAUGGAGAACAGCAACUUUUAUUUUGGCAAGUGUAUUAAUCUAAGUUAAAUACUUGUGGAUAUUUGAAAUUUCCCCUUUCCUUCACUGGUAGAUUUCUCCAUAAGAGAAUUCCAGUGUUCCAAAAAAAUAGUUAUAGGGACUCUUUCAAGCCCCUUGAAAGAUUCAUGGCCAAAUAGUCACCACUACAUUUUCCAGUAUGAAUGGGUGUAUUAAAGAAAAAAAAAAAAAAAGAACAGGUAAAUGCAGAUGAGGACUGACCCUCAUUUUUAAGUGUCUUUACAUUUGGAUGUUCCGAAGUCUUCCGUAAGGGAUACCUGUCGAUUGAUUAUCUGUCCCUGCCUCUUCUUUCUAGAACUCUUCCCUUUUGGUGUCUCUUCUUAUCCACAUGGUUGCACAGAGGCAGCUAUGUGAGCAUAGCAUGAGUCAUAACCGCCUCUUUAGACUGGGAAAAAUAAGUACAACUUAAAAUAUAGCUUAGUGUUGAAUCCUUUGGUAAAUUAAAGACCCUUUUAUAGUGCAAAUACUCCCGACAAAAUUAAUAUAUUUUGUGAGAUUAAACAAUGCUUGUAUAUGCUUGAACUUUCUUAAAAUAUGUUCAUUUCAAACUAUAUGAAUGUACAUUUUUAUGAACCAUAAAUAUUUUCAAAAGCAUACCAGGCCCAUGAAUUAUUUCCUCACUUUUGCAGCUGAUGAAAUGCUGAAAUGUAAGCCACAGAAGUUUGUCAAAUAAAUCAUUUUAAACUGCA